GCUCUUGUUUUUACAGACUGAUUGAUUGUUUCCUAGUGGAUAGUGCUGUGACCUCACUCUCAAUGUCACCUACAUACGAUUUCCUUGCCACAUGUCACCUGGAUGAUGUUGGGGUUUACCUCUGGGCAAACAAAACACUGUUUUCACAUGUGCCACUCACAGCUCUGCCAGCAAACUAUGAACCACAGAUAAUUGAAAUGCCAUCAACAAGAAGACAUACUGCAGCUGAGAGUGUCGAUGAAGAAGCCCAGGAUGAGGAGGAGGAAUUUAUCCGAGCCGAGUUCAAAUCUGCGGAGCAGAUCAGUCAUGAGUUAGUGACACUUUCUCUUCUGCCAAAUUCAAGAUGGCAGAAUCUGCUUAACUUAGAUAUAAUCAAGCAAAGAAACAAACCUAAAGAGCCACCUAAGGCCCCCAAGGCAGCUCCAUUCUUCCUACCAACUGUGGCAGGCCUGGAACCAAAGUUUGCUGUUGAUGAAGAUGCCAGUAAAAAAGAAGCUAAGUCAAAGUUGGAGGCAGGAAAUCUCAUGCCAUUGUGUACAUUAGGACAGCUGUUGAAGGAAGGCAACUCAAGUAAAAAUUAUGAUAAAGUAUUGGAGUACAUGAAGACUCUCGGUCCGUCGGCUGUUGAUAUAGAGAUUCGCUCCCUGGCACCGGAGAUGGGAGGCUCAGUACCAGUCAUGUGCAGUUUCCUACAGUUUGUGCAGUCAGUCCUUGAUACCAACAAGAACUUUGAAAUAAUUCAAGCCUAUUUAGGAUUGUUUCUAAAGGUACAUAGUGAUAUAUUAUCUAGUGAGCCAGAGCUGGUAAAACAACUGGAAAAGUUGUCAGCACUACAGUCUAGUUCAUGGUGUGCAGUUCAGGACUUAUUUAAUCAAACAUUAUGCCUAGUGAACUACCUUAGAACUGCAGUGAUAUGACACAGAUAUAUGCAGUAAAAGAAAUAAGUGCAAAACUUGUAUAUUUUAUUAGUCCAUGAUUUUGGAUGUAUUCUGGAUUUGUCUGAAAUUUUUCAGAGUAAAUUUGUUUAAAUUCCACUGGAAGUUGAGUAAAGUUUGAUAUCAACAGGAUUUUUAUACUGCCAUAUAGAAAGUGUAUGGGGACUAUAUUGGAGUCACACAUGUCCUUCCUGCAGUCUGUUUGUCUGCCGAUCAUGUCCAAUCCAUAUUUUCAUAAAGGAAAUCUCUACAGGGUUUCAGUCAUUCAGAUUCAAUAAAAUUUGCUUAAACAUUC